GCUAUGGUCAACAGGAGCAUCCACAAAGACAAUCCGAAGACUACGAGUGGUGCUUGCACAGGGGUAAUAAUCGUCAAGACCGCCAUUCCAGAAUUCUAGUCGAAGCUAUUAGCUAGUCUUACACGGAACUAGUCCACGUCAACUCCCCGGAGGGUUUGACGUGCAGCAAGUACAUGGGCUCCUUCAUAGAAUUCACAGGCGGCUACCUCAUGGAUCCCGAAGCUGCAGAGGGCUGUCAGCACUGUCCAUACAAGACCGCUGAUCAGUACAUGCACUCGAAGGUCGAUAUUAAAGACAGUGAUCAUUGGCGCAACCUGGGCAUUGUCUUCGGAUUCGUCGCGUUCAAUAUUAUUACUGUUUUCUGGUCCAUGCGCAUUCGCACUGUCGGCGUGCUUGCUUCUCUUAGACAGAAGUUAAAUCGCGGCACGUGGAUUGUGAUUCAUGCAUAUAUACCGCAUACCUGCUCGAGAAUGUACUUACUUAAAAGGUAACCGUGUCGCACUGGUAGAGGAUCAACGCAUCCUGCGAUAGGGGUGUUAUGCAUUGAAUGAAAGGUGAAUACAACUUUUUCGCAGGUGGAGUCUAUCGGACACACAAAUAU